UCGGAUUUAAAAAUCAUUCUAUUACGAAAUGGCACUCAAUUUGGAGGAAUCGAAUAUACAAAGGUUUUAUAAGAGUAGUACAGUUUUUUUGACGGGGGCCACUGGAUUUAUUGGAAAACUAUUACUCGAGAAAAUCCUUCGAGCUCUUCCUGUAAAUAAAGUGUAUAUUUUAGUGCGUUCCAAAAAGGAUGUCCCUGGAGCCAAACGACUUUUAAACCUAUUUCAGUCGCCUGUAUUUGAUUUGUUGAAAAGAAGUAAUGCAUCUUUGUUAGAAAAAGUAUCAAUUAUGGACGGUGAUCUUUCUCAACCGAUUCUUGGUUUAAGCAAGGAAAAUCAACAAACAAUUAUUGAUGAAGUUGAUGUGAUCUUCCAUUGCGCCGCUACUGUGCGCUUCGAUGAACAUUUGAAAAAGGCAACUACAAUAAAUAUAAAAGGAACUAAAGAAUUAAUUGAUUUGGCUAAGAAAAUUACAAAACUAAAGACGUUUAUGUAUAUGGGAACAGCAUUUUCAAACUCCUAUCAAAAAGAAAUCGAAGAGAAAAUUUAUCCUACAAAAAUCACUGCUGAAAACUUAAUUAGUAUGUGUAAUAGUUUAGAUGAGGAAUAUCUUGACGUUUUAGCGAAAAGCUUGACAGCUGGCUGGCCUAAUACUUAUACAUUUACUAAACAAGUGAUUGAAGAUUAUAUCCAAAGAGAAGCAACUGAAUUACCUAUUUGCAUAUGCCGACCUAGUAUCGUUCUAUCAACAGCAUCAGAACCAGUUGAAUCUUUUACCGAUAAUGUGUUUUCACUUGGUGGUCUCUCAGUGUUAGGCGGAUUGGGAAUUUCCAGAAUUAUGUAUUUUCGAAAUAUUGACACUCAAAUAAUUCCUGCUGAUUUUGUUGUUAAUGAAUGUAUUGCAGCUGGGUGGCUAACAGGAGAAAACUUUAUCAAGAAACAAUUUACCAAUAUCCCAGUUUACAAUAUAACUAAUGGUCGGGAUAAUCCUAUAAACCAAAGCUAUAUAUUCGAAAAGAUGUAUUCGGAGAUCCGCAGAAAUUUCGCUACAAAAAAAAUGAUCGCUUAUCCAAUGGUGUUUUCAACAAAAUUCAAAUAUAACUAUUUAAUUUGGAGGUUUUUCUUACACACAAUGAUCGGCUAUUUUUUUGACCUUAUAAGAAAAAUUCAGGGAAAAAAACCAAGGUUUGUUGCAGCUAUGAAAAAGCUAAAUACAUUCCAAGAUGCCUAUAUUUUCUUCCUGACGACAGAAUUUUUAAUGGAUACGCGUAAUACGGCAAAUCUGUUAAAAAAAAUGUCAUGUAAAGACAAAAAAUUGUUUAAUUUCGAUGUAAAAACUUUGGAUUGGGAGUCUUAUUUUACGGAAUAUGUCAAAGGCCUAAGAUUUUAUUUAUUAAAAGAGAGUAUAGAUACGCUUCCUGAAGGACGAAGACAUAAUGAUUAUUUGAAGAAAGUUAUGAUAGCAGUCGUAUUUUUAAGUAUAUUUCUUGUUUACGUUGUAGGCAAAAUUUUACUGUUUAGAUUAAUACCGCUAGUUUUUGGAUUACUUGCAUAGCAUUUAUACAUUUUUAAUUUAUAAAAAAAAUUAAGAAAAAUAAACAAGAUAUGUAUUAGAAA